GGACUCAGGGCGGCGCCGCUGUCUCUCCCGCGCUCUUCGACCUUUGUUUCUCCUCCUCAGAGCUCCUUCAUUCAUCCCUUACUCCAUCAUGGCACCGAGGAAGUUCUUCGUGGGCGGGAACUGGAAGAUGAACGGCGACAAGAAGAGCCUCGGGGAGCUCAUCCAGACCCUCAACGGGGCCAAUGUCUCCGCCGACGUAGAGGUUGUUUGUGGUGCCCCCACCAUCUACCUUGACUUUGCCCGCCAGAAGCUGAAUGCCAAGUUCGGUGUGGCUGCACAGAAUUGUUACAAGGUGGCCAAAGGAGCUUUCACAGGAGAAAUCAGUCCUGCCAUGAUCAAGGAUAUUGGUGCUACCUGGGUUAUCUUGGGACACUCUGAGAGAAGGCAUGUCUUUGGCGAGUCAGAUGAGCUCAUUGGCCAAAAGGUGGCCCAUGCCUUGGCAGAGGGUCUUGGUGUCAUUGCCUGCAUUGGGGAGAAACUGGAUGAGCGAGAGGCUGGCAUCACAGAGAAGGUGGUAUUUCAACAGACCAAGGCUAUUGCUGAUAAUGUAAAGGACUGGAGCAAAGUAGUUCUUGCCUAUGAGCCAGUUUGGGCCAUUGGAACUGGUAAAACUGCAACUCCCCAACAGGCCCAGGAAGUUCAUGAGAAGUUGAGGGGCUGGCUGAAGAGCCAUGUAUCUGAUGCUGUUUCACAAUCAACCCGAAUAAUCUAUGGAGGUUCAGUCACUGGUGCCAAUUGCAAAGAACUGGCUUCUCAACAUGAUGUGGAUGGCUUUCUUGUUGGUGGAGCCUCCCUUAAGCCUGAGUUCGUAGAUAUCAUCAAUGCAAAACAAUGAAACCUACCAUACAGUCAGAAGCUGGGGAGGGGGACAGCCAUCGUGGUUGGGAGAUAGAUACUGUAAAAAUAAAUGCCCAGCCUCUGCACUCAAAAGAAAUGGCCUCACCCUCAAAUCCCUUUCCCAUACUUUGCUGUUAUUUGUUCAAUUCUGCUGCUGAACACAAUGAUUGCAAAUGGUUAGCCAAGAGCCUUGUACGAUCAGGGCUUUUUUCACUACCCUCUGUUUUUGGGUCAGACUUCCUGCUCUUCCCUUAUCCCUCUAGGCUGUUUUCUAACCAGUGUCUCUUGUACUGCUGUAGGCCCACCUGCACUUUUGAGGAAGGGAUGUUGCUUCCCAGUGGCUUGUAUUGUUUGUAAGAUGUACGUCUGUUUCAUGUUCCAUAAGCCAAUGAUGAACAGAAAUAAACAAAGGGAAAGUA